CUCCGUACUAGUUUUGACUAAAAUUCCGCAAAAACAUUAUUGUGAAAGAUUUUUCACUACCUACAUAAUGACGUGAAUGUACGGUCGUGACACUAUAUUUUACAAGACACAUCACUAUCUUUGCUUUUUAUCGCCAAAAAAAUAAAAUUAAUAAUAUCGAUAACUUUUAUCCCAACACUAAAGGGUCUGAAGAGUAACUUUUUAAUUUGACCUGAGAGUUUGACUGAUGAUUACCUAUAAAAGAAUGACGUUUAGUGCAGACAUUUUAACUCAAAGUUACACUGUCUUUACACUUGUAAACAUCUCAAGUAUUUCAAUGACAAAAGAAAAUUAACAUUUCAUUGUGAUACCUAUACUUUUUUAUUACUUGCAUAAAACUCAGUCAGAGUAGGUACAAGUAGGUACAGAUUGAAUAAAAAACAAAAGAGAAUUUAGUCUGGAUUUAGUUAUAAAAAGUGUAAUAUUAACCUAAAAAAUAUUUAUAGCUUACCAAAUUGUAAAAUGGAUUUUUGGAAAUGGUUCAUAGCGACCUGUUUUGUAGUGUUUUCUUUAGAUUCAGUGAACUCGACAGAAUAUAUUGGAGAGAAAGGCGGAGCACCGAAUCCUCAUGCGUUUGUUAAAUAUUGUGGAAUGUACACAGAACCCACAAAAGUUACUCGAAAGACCCUAAGAAAGCUAUACCUGUCCGUCAUGGGCAAAGAUGGUGUUGUCACCCCUUAUAAUUACUUCAACGUCACAGACAUGCUGGAUCAUCCAGACAUAGACUUCAAGAACAAGAAGACGAACGUUUACGUCGGGUCUUAUAUGGACUUCACGACGCAUCCUUAUGGGGAGACGAUGUCUAAGCAAUAUGUCUUGCUGGGCUAUAAUGCGCUGAUUUUGAAUUAUAUGGAUGUGCAUUGGAGAAAUUUUCCAUAUCCCGUCGCCGCAAAGCUCAUGCACCCCGUCAGUAGAUACGCCGCUGAAAUGCUAGCCAACCUAACAGCUGUAGGCUUGGACCCGAAGCAGCUAGAACUAGUCGGCUGGGGCUUCGGCGGGCAGACCAUGGGUCUCGUGGCUAAGAACUACAGAGAAAUCACUGGAAAGAACAUCUCUAUGCUCGUCGCUUUAGAUCCAUCCGGUCCUUGCUUCAGAACCAACGCUCCAACGGAUAGACUAGACCCAUCAGACGCAGACUUUGUCCUAAGCGUAGUCACAAACAUGGACGGGCAUGGAAUAGCCACUCCUCUUGGACAAGCAACAUUUUAUGUCAAUGGCGGAGAGUAUCAGCCUGCUGAUAUCUGGUUUGCACCCUGUGACGUCGUCUGCAGUCAUAUAAAAGCGUACUUCUUCUGGCUAUCAGCUUUGCUCAACCCUAAGACGUUCAUUGGCAUGAAAUGUGACACCAUACAACAGGCGAGACAACAUGAUUGCUACGACAGAAAGCCUAUGGUCACGAAUACGAUGGAUUUGAAAGUGAAUAAGAAGAAGACAGGGAUAUUUUACGUGACGACGGGGAACAGAUACCCGUAUGGGAUGGGGAAAAGGGGGUUGAGGAAGGAAGACAAUCUAGUCAUGCGUCAGUUGUCAAUGCUUAACGAAAAAGAAGUGUUGACAAUAUAAAUUUGAAAUUGCUUUAUUUUUAUAUCCCAGAUUCAAAUAUUGUAGUUCAAUUCGCCAGUUUACUACCCAUUCAUGUAGAAGAAAAGUAGUAUUUCUCAUCUGGAGGCUUAGCCAACAGCAAAGUUAACGACAAUCGUGAUUGAAAACGCCACUCAAUGCAACCAGAACCCGAGCCACGAACAGGUUUCCAUGACUAAUCGCCUCCCGCGCGAUGGUUCGUAUAGUGGUUAACAGCAGCAGUCAGCUGGCACUUUGUGGGUGGGUAGAGGAGUGGCAGCCACCGAAAUAAAAAAUGAGAAUUCAGCCAUCGUGCGAUGACUACCAAAAUGUUCAUAGACCUGCCGUCUAGACUAUGGAAAGUUGAAAAAUAUAAUGAAAUUGUUAUCCUUA